AUGUUCGAUACCAUGUAUCCCGCAGAUUCUGUGGAGUUUUGCCCACAUGAAAAUUUGCAAGAUAUAUUUGUUGUAGGGACGUACAAACUUGAUCAGGGUGUAGCGGUUGAAGGCGGCGAUGAUGAACGCAGAAAUUCUCAGCACAGACGAGGCCAGUGUCGAGUGUUCAGGAUGGAUGUCCAGUCAAAUGGAACAGAUUUACAGACCCCUGGAACAAAGUUGGGCUCCCUGGUGGUGUCCCUCUCGGAUGGAUCGCUAAGUCUCCUGCGGCCAGAAAAUGGCACAGGUCCUUUGUCAGUAGAGUCCUCUUGGCAUGCUCAUGAUUAUGAACCAUGGAUUGCUGCAUGGAACUAUUGGGACACGAACGUGGUGUUCUCCGGAGGCGACGACCUACAGAUGAAAGGAUGGGACAUCCGAGAAGAUUUAGUGAAACCCAUAUUUGUCAACAAACGGUUUGACGCAGGAAUAACAGCUAUUCAGAGUCAUCCCUACGUUGAAAACUUGAUUGCUGUUGGAAGGCAAGUCCAUUUUUCCAGUUUCAUUAAUUUACGUCAACAGGUUAUAAGCAGUUAUGACAAUAUUGUCCGCCUUUUCGACAUUCGCAAGCCAUCAGUCCCUAUUAGCCAGAUAGACGUUGGUGGAGGGGCCUGGCGAGUCAAAUGGCAUCCGUCAUCAACUAGGAAAAACGAUUUGCUCGUCGCCUGCAUGCAUGACGGAUUUAAGAUUGUUUCAUUCAGUCAUCUACUGUCUGAUAACCCUCUUAAUGUGAGCGCAGGAAAUGGCAAAAUUGUUAAGCGAUUCGACGAACAUGAAUCACUUGCCUAUGGCGUCGAUUGGUCGUAUGCUAUGUCAGAGGGGGAGCACACGGUAAUAGCAAGCUGUUCUUUCUAUGAUCACCUCUUACAUACGUGGAGUGGAUGA